AUGGAUUCGGAUUCAUUGAAAAGGUUUCUAGUGCACUUACCCGCAAGACUGGAAUAUAAAGAAAAUUACUUAUUAAAACAUAGUAUUAACAAGGUACUAUAUUAUUGUAUAACAAAUGAAGGAGAUUCAUUAAAUAAAUUAUUUCCAAGUAUAUCAGAAGAUGAAUUAAAUGAUUUUAAAACUAAUGGUUAUAAUUUUGACUUAAAAAGAGGUACUAAUAUCAUAAGACCUUUUUAUUUAAACAAAAAUUCAAAUAAAAAUUAUAGCCAUCCUCCAGAUAAAGCAUGUGCAAGAGCUUUUAAAAUGGGUGAACCAGUUUAUAAUUGUGAAGAUUGUGGAUUUGAUGAAACUUGUGUAAUAUGUUCUUAUUGUUUCAAUGAACAAGAUCAUAUAAAUCAUAAUGUAUCAACUUAUACAUCGCACGGUAACAAUGGUGGAAUUUGUGAUUGUGGUGAUCCUGAAGCUUUUAUCAAUAAGUUAAACUGUAAAUGUCAAAUGAAAAAGACUGUUGAAACAGAUGAUGACUUUUCAGAUAUACUAAAUUCUUUAUAUAAAACAAUGAAAGUCGUAAUUGAUUAUAUUUUGGAUGUUACAAAUUUUUCAUUAUUAACAUUACCAUUUAUUCAUGCUCAUGUAAAUAAAGAUUUAAUUGCAUUAAAUUCUAAAUCAAUCUCAAAUUAUAGUGCAUUACCAAGUGGACAUUAUGGUGGUGCAAUUGAUCUAAAUUCAGAUGAUGAAUGGUAUUUACUAUUAUGGAAUGAUGAAUUUCAUAAUUUACAACAAGCUGUAAACUCAAUAAGAGCUGGCUCUGGAGUUGAUGAAGGUAAAGCAAAUGAAAUUGCAAAUAGAAUUGAUAAAGAUGGAUUUUGUAUUUUAAAAAAAGCUGAUAAAUUUGAAAAAUUAUUGGAAUUUAAAAGAUUAGUUGAGCAAGAUGGUUUAGUAGCAACUAUUAUAUCAGCUAGAGAUUAUAUGAAAGAAGCAAUUGUACGAAAUUUGAUAAGUUGGUUGAAUGAUAUAUUAAAUUUUAAUCAAAAUUCUCAAAUUAGAAAUGCUGCACAAUCAUAUUUUGCGGAAUUAAUGUUGGAGCCUGAUUUUCAACUAAGUAAAGUAUUCCCAGCUGAGUUUAUAUCAGGUAUUGCAAGUAAUGAAAAGAAGACAUAUUUUGAAAAUGGUGUACCGUAUGAGGGACAAAUUGUUAAUCUUAAUUAUCACAGUUUACAGGAACCAGUUGAUAAAUUGAAUUUAUUAAGACCGGUAACUACAUUAUUUGAAUCAGUAAAAUAUGAUAAAUUAGCCAAUUCAAGAUUACAAUAUUUUUUACUUUUCCAAAUACGAUUAAGUAAAAAGAUUAGAAAACAAUUGAAACUAUUUUUUGUAUCACCAUUUGUCACUGAUUUGAAUACUAAAAAUAUUUUUGCCAAACAAUUUAUUGAAAUAUACCCAAACUUAUUAACUAUAAAGGCAUUAACUGAUCGAGAAGAAGAUUUGAAUUUAUUGAGAGAUAUUACUUCUCAAUUAUUCACAUGUCCAUUAACUAUUAAAAAUGUUUUGAGUAAUGAUCAAAUUGGUUAUAUUAUUGCACCAAUCAUAGAUAUCAUCGAAAAUUUUUCGUCUGUUUGGGUAAAUGAUUUUAAGAUAUAUGUGGAAGAAUCUCAUAAUCAUGAACAAAUAGCCAUUAGAAAAGCUAUUAGUAUAGGUAUACACAACUUGGUUAACUUCAUGUCAUUAAAUUUCACUGGUGGUAAAGUUGCAAAUUUUUUCAAACCUCAAAAUUUUACAUUUUUAGUUUUGUUAUUAAAAUGUUUUCAAGGAUUUUGGCCAGUUGUUAGAAAACUUGGUGAUCACGUUGAAAGAGAAAUAUUGGAUUUUAAAAUACAUCUUAGUAUAUCAAUACCAUUAUUAAGUUCAAUUAGGGCAUUAUCAACACUGCAGAGUAAUAAUGCAGGUGUUGAUAAAGCUAUUAAUCUUCUAUUAAAGUUAUUAUUGAAUAGAAAAUGGCCAAAAUUGGAAGAUGGAGUUUUAGAUUUCAAAGUUAGUGCAGAGCCAAUAGGUUUUAUUAAUCCAUUGAGUUCAUUAUUAUCAUUUUUAUUACAAAAUAGAGGAAUUGAGAAUUAUACUGAUUUCCUUGAAGCUUAUAAAGCAGAAUUUAUUAAUAUUUCAGAUAUAUCAUUAAGAUCAAUUGUAUUAGGAUCACAAGCUAAAACUGGAUUAUGGGUUCGUAAUGGUUUAUCAAUUUCACAUCAAGCUACAUUAUAUUUUGGUUCAACAAUGGCUGAAUAUACUUUUUUUAGAGAUUUUCAUAUAAAUCAAAUUGGUAUUUUAUUUGAAGAUUCAACUACAGCAUUUAAAAAUAUGUUAACUAGAUGGGAAAUACAAUCAUGGUAUGCUAAUGAGGUAAAACAUGAAGAUACAAUUUAUGAAGAAAAGUUUCCAUCUAUUAUUGAAAGAUUUGUAACGUUUAUUUAUAAUAUGGUUAGUGAUAGAAGUUUCUUCAUACAUCAUUCAACGGAAGAAAGAGCAAUUAGAAAAGCAAAAUUAUCAAUGGCUUAUGUUUUAGCUGAUAAAGCUAGAAGUUAUACAAUAUUGAAACAAAAAUUAGAUGUUGAUAGUAUUGAAAUAUCCAAUUUUGAUGAUAUUUUAUAUGAAAUUGCAGAUUAUCAACCACCAUCAGCAUUGGUAGAUACUGGACUAUACAGAUUAAAAGAUUCGUGGUACGAUCAAUUGGAUGCUAUUAAUUUAUUCCUUGAUCCAAAUAAAUUUCAAACUGUAUCAGAAGCAUUAAUUAAAAAUAAAGCAAAAACAAAGAAAAUUAAAGAAGAUAAUGUUGUUUUAAUUCCUCAUAUUUCUUUAUGUGAUAAUGAAUUUGUUAAUAAGAAUAUUGGAAAUUUUGUUAAAACCAAACAUUUCAUCAAAUUAAUUUAUAAAUUGUUACAAGUUGCUAUUGAUACUUCAGAUGAAACAUUUUUACCACAUUUAUUGCAUUUAAUCCAUUUAAUUAUACUUGAUGAUGAAUUGAUACAUGGUGAAAAAUAUUUAAAUGAAAAUUUUGUUAGUAUACCCGUUAGUGAUUUAUUACUUACCAUCGUUGAAUCUAAAAUGUCGAAAUUUGUAAUUCAAAAAGCUGAUUAUUUAGUUGAUCAAUUUGUUAAAAAAGAUGAAAGAAUAAUAGAAUGUUUGAUUGAUUGCUUUGGUGAAGAAUAUGUUGCAACUUAUAAAAAACGUAAAGUUAAUUUAUUUGAAACUGAAACAGAAAGAAAAAGAAGACAAGCAGAAGAAAGAAAGAAUAAAAUAUUGAAGAAAUUUUCAAAACAAAGAGAAAAAUUUAUUACUCAAAAUAAAGAUUUACAUGAUGAAGUAGCAGAUAAGAAAGAUGAGGUUAAAAGUACAAAAUUUAGAACUUGUGUAUUAUGUGGUGAGGAAGAAAAUCAUGAUAAACCAUUUGGUAUAAUGGUAAGUACUACUAAACCACCAAUAUUUUGGAAAGUACCAGAUACGCCUAAUGAUGUAACUAGAGUAGCAUUUAAAAAUUGGGAUAAAGAUUCAAUUAUUAAUUCUGGAAAUACUUAUGGUAUUGGAUAUGAUACUGAAAAAUCACAAUAUGAAAUUAGUAAAAAUAUAUUUGAAUAUAAUGUAUUGUCUACUUGUGGUCAUACAAUUCAUUAUGAUUGUUUUAUAAGAGGUGCUGAAGGGUUAAGACAUUAUCCAUGUCCAUUAUGUCAUAAUUUACAUGAUUUAUUUAUCCCAUCAUUUAUCUGUGCUAGUGAAAAUAAAUUAGAUGAACAAUUUACCUAUGAUGAACCAAAAAAUAUUAAAUAUAAUCAAAUUGUUCAAUCAAAUAAUAUAAAGGAUAAAAUGAAUCAUUUAAAUCAAAAUUUACUAAGUGAUGAAUAUUUUUCAGAUCGUGAAGUUUAUUUAGAUUUUAUGCAAGUUUUAUAUACUCCAUUUCAUGUUUUAAAAACAAAAGAAUAUUUAAAAGUUGCUGAUGGUCAUGAAAAAGCAUUUAAUAGUUUCAUGAAUUGGACAGUUGCAUUAGCUAAUACUAUAAGAAUGAAUGAGAUUGCAACUAGAGUAAAUGGGCGAGAGGCAUAUGUAAAUUUUCUUGAUCAAAUACCAGGUGCUGCAAAAACAUUAAUUAUAUCAAUGAUACAAGCAAGAUCAUUAAUGCCAGAAUAUAAAUCAACAUCAUUAAUAAAUGAUGAUCCAUUGGAUUUAAAAGAUGAAGUUAAAAAAUAUUGGGACUCUGAUGAUUUAUUAGAUUCUAUAUUUAGUGAAGUUGUUAAUUUAUUCUUUUUAACUGAUGAAUCGUUAGCUACAUUGACAAGAUUAGGUAUGAUUAAAUUAAUAUGUGUUAGUAUUUGUUCAUUAAUUGAAAGAUUUGAAGAAGUUGAUGUAUCUUAUUUUGGAUAUAUUGAUAUAAAAGUUGAUGUUUCUAAAGAUAAAAAAGAUUUAAUUGAACAAAUAAUACAUAGAUAUGGUUAUUCACUUCCAUAUUAUGAUGAUUUAUUGGCUAAGACUUAUAUUUGUGUUGAAAAAUUACUCAUGAUUUAUCUUAGACAAAUUGUUAUAUUUCAAGAUUGUCUAACAUGUCAAUCAUUAGGAGAUAAUACAUAUGAAAGUUCGAAAGAGAUACAAACCCUAAAAUUGGAUCUUGAAUCGGGAAACCUAGUCAAUGCUUUAACUAAAGCAUUAAAAAUACCAAGUUAUGAAAAAGUAUUAUAUCAUAUAAUUGAAAGGACUCCAAAUGUUUUAGAAACUAAUAUUUUUGAAAUUGUUCAAUAUUCCAAAAUUGCAAAAUAUCAAUCAAAUGGUAUAUUAGCAUUAGAUUACCCAGGUAUUAUACAUUUAGUUAAUUUACCAUCAGAUUAUCAUUCAUGUAUAUUAUGUUGUCCACAAGCUUCAAGAGAUCAUUCAAUUUGUUUAUUAUGUAGUAAAUGGGUUCAAAAUAAACAUUUUUUAGAUCAUAUGUCAAAAUGUUCAUCCAACAUGGCUAUUUUAUUUAAUCCAAAGGCAAAUUUAUUAAAAACAAUUGUAUAUAUUGGUUCUAAUCCAAUUACAAUUGAUAUUCCAGCUCCUUAUUUAACCAAACACGGUGAAGUUAAAACUCAAAGGUAUAAAGGUAAAGCAACAUUGAAUGAAUUUAGAUAUCAUUAUUUAAAUAAAUUAUGGUUAAAUCAAGGAUUAUACGGAUUUGUUACAAGAAAUUUAUUUGGUUCAAAUCCUGCUUUUGGUGGUGUUGGAAUUGGAGGAUUAAAUAUAAAUUUAGAUAGAACUAAUGAUAUUUUUGAUAUUGAUGAAGAUGAUGAAGAUUUUAUGUGGGAAGAUAUGGAUGAUGAUGAUGUGUUAUUUAUGCCAAAUUAA